CCCUCUUCGACCUCAGCUAUUUCAUCGUCUCCAUCCUCUACCUCAAGUAUGAGCCAGGAGCAGUGGAGCUGUCCCGGCGCCACCCCAUGGCAUCCUGGCUGUGCGCCAUGCUGCACUGCUUUGGGAGUUAUAUCCUGGCUGAUCUGCUCCUUGGGGAGCCCCUGAUUGACUACUUCAGCAACAACUCCAGCAUCUUACUGGCCUCAGCCAUCUGGUACCUGAUUUUCUUCUGUCCCCUGGACCUCUUUUACAAGUGUGUCUGCUUCCUGCCUGUGAAACUCAUCUUCGUGGCCAUGAAGGAGGUGGUGAGAGUCCGCAAGAUUGCCGUGGGUAUCCACCACGCGCAUCACCACUACCACCAUGGGUGGUUUGUCAUGAUCGCCACCGGCUGGGUCAAAGGCGCUGGUGUUGCCCUCAUGUCCAAAUUUGAGCAGCUGCUCCGAGGGGUCUGGAAGCCAGAGACCAAUGAGAUCUUGCACAUGUCCUUCCCCACCAAGGCCAGCCUGUAUGGAGCCAUACUCUUCACCCUCCAGCAGACCCGCUGGCUCCCGGUGUCCAAAGCCAGUCUCAUCUUUAUCUUCACCAUGUUUAUGGUGUCCUGUAAGGUGUUCCUGACGGCCACGCACUCCCACAGCUCCCCUUUUGAUGUUCUGGAGGGCUACAUCUGCCCUGUGCUAUUUGGGACGACCAUGGGGGGUGACCAUCACCAUGACAACCACGGUGGGCCCCAUGGAGGGUCCCACGGUGGUGGUGGGCCCAGCUCUCUGCACUCAGCCAUGGCUGCAAAGUCCAAGGAGGAGCUGAGUGAGGGCUCAAGGAAGAAGAAGACCAAGAAGGCAGAUUAGAAGGCAGCCCAGGGGGCCUGCGGGCUGCUAGGGAGAGGACCUGGACCCAGAACCCUCAGAGCCAGGCAUGGAGGAGGUGUGCUGGGCUCAACUCUCCCCUCUUCAGGCCUUGACUUCCCUGUCUACAAACUGAGGCCAUCAGCCUACCCUCCAGGGCUGAUGAGAGGGGUUAGAUGAGAUAUGGGAGUAAAGGGCAUUUGUAGGAAUGGGGGUCCCUCUGCCAGGCCCCUGUAGAGUCACAGAUUUUGGGGUGGGGAGCCACAGAAUCCUGACAGUGGCACCAGCCAGAAACCCUGGGAGUUAUAUUCUUGGUUCUAGUAUUUCCUCUCUAAAAUUAAGUUUUGACUCCGAAAGAAUUUCAAGCCAAGUUGAAACUCAUUCACUUGAAGGAUGAUUCCCAAGUACGUGCUGCGAGGCAGCUGCUGUGAUUUCCACGUCUUCCUGCCAACUCCUCCUAGGCAUCCCUAGGCAAGGUGCCUCCUUCUCUGAGUCUUAUAUUCCCCAUCUGUAUAGUGGGGACCCCUGGCCUUCCUCUGUACACAAGGGCUGAUGUGAGGCCGGACGUGAACCAGCCCUUUAAGCUCAGAAGCACCAUGUGGUCAGGAGGAGAGGCUGUGACAGGUGUUCACUGUGCUUGAGAACAGCUUUGCAUUUUAGAUCAUGUGUGUUCGUGGAUCACAGAACCACGCAAGUUACCUGGCAUGAAGGAGGCCAGGCUUGAAAGCUUGGAGGGUGGGAAAGGCUUGUCCUGAUCCUUGGCUUCGGGCUGCCCCAAACCAAAGAAAUGUAGCUGGCUGGGUGAGGGUGCCAAGAUUCAGCUUUAUCCAGGGGCUCCGAACACUCGCUCUUGGGUCCUGGAAGCACCAGGCCUUCCUUAUGCUGACGUCCUUCAUUGCUGCUCAUGCAGUCGCUCAACAAACAUGCUGUCAUCUACUCUGUGUCAAGUCUUAUGCUGCUGCUGGGCAGCCUGGGAACUUGCUUCAGGGUGAGCAAGGGGGAUGGUAUCUGAGGGUCCCUCCCAGCCACCUUCAGCUCAUUCUAGGUUGCCAUGACUUCUGAGAGGGGUGUGUGGGGUUAGGGCCCACGCCGGGCCAGCUUGAGGCUGCCUUCUGUACAUGGGUGCUCAGGGCAUUAGUCUGCAGCUGUGUUGAGAUCAGCGUGGGGUUGGUGGCAUCCCAAGUAUUGGGAAAGUGCCUUGAUUUGGUAACACCUGGGAGCUGGGUGGGUCCUGAGGCUGUAAGGCCUGGAAUUCAUCCUCUUGCAUGUCCAUCAAGGCUAAGCAUGAAGGUUCAGCGAAUAAAUCUGUUGUGAGAGAA